AUGACACUGAAUAUGAAGAAAUAGAAAACUUAGAAAUAAGAAGAAGUUUAAUUAGAGGAAGAUGAAGAAGAAAUGAUUUAAAAGAAACAAAUUAUAUAUAGUACACCAAAAAAAUAAUAAUAAAAGAAUAAGAAGAAUUAAAGAAAUAUUAAACUCAUAUUACUUUUAAUAUUAGAAUUUUAGAUAAUUAUUUUCUUCAAGAUAAUCCAUCCUAAUGGAGAUAAAUACACAAAAGAAAGAAAUUGA